AUGGCAACGCUUGCACCUGGAAUUCUAUUGAAGCUCCUAAACGGUUUGAACACGGGUGUGAAACCCACAAGCGAGCACCGAAGCUCGCUCUUGCAGGUCACGGACAUUGUCCCUGCUGAUCUCGACGAGAAAAACCUGUUACCCAAGCAAGGUUUUUACAUCAAGGUCUCCGAUUCAUCACACUCCAUCUAUGUCAGUCUUCCCUCUGACCAAGAUGACUUUGUUCUCAGCAACAAAAUGCAGCUUGGUCAGUUCAUCUAUGUCGAUAGAUUGGAACCGGGGUCACCGGUUCCGGUAGUCAAAGGGGCUAAACCACUCCCCGGAAGACACCCUCUUGUUGGGACCCCUGAACCGUUGAUGGGUCUGAGAGAAAAGGGAGGGAGAACAGAACAACACAAGCCUUCGUCCACUUCAGCCCCUAGAAGAGGUUCUUGGGGAAAUAAUAGUGUUGGUCCCGAUGGCAUUUCAUCUCCCAUGGUUUUCAAGCCUGUUAAUUUGGAUUUUGAUCAGUGUACCCCAGUGAAAAGUUCUAUGUCACCAAUGAUUAGAGGGAGAGUUGGAUCAAAGGAGGGAACUCCAGUUUCUGGUAUCAGAUGCUCUGUUGGUGGAGGGCUUCUUGCAAAGAUGACAGAUGCUAAAGGAGAAAGCCCUGCAUUGCUUAGAAAAAGCUGUGUGGUAGCCACUUCUUCUAACACAAAAUUUUCCAGGAGCAGGAGUGUAUGUGAACGAGAGCCUAGGAUACCUUUAAGUCCCUUCAAGUCAUCUGAAAAGAAAAGUGGCACUCCCCCACCCCGUUUGAGAAAUGCAAGAGUAGCAACUUCCAUCAAUGUUGCUGGAGAUGCUCACAAUCAGGACUUGAAUGUGUCUUCUUUUGAUAACUGCAACAAUCUUAGCCUCCCCAUGAAUUUACCAGGAAAGCUGAGCUCGCUGGGGAAGGAAGCUGUACAACAAAGAGAAGUGGCUCAAAAGAUUGCCCUUCAAGCAUUAAGAGAUGCUUCAGCUACUGAGACAGUAGUUCGGUCCCUUAAGAUGUUCUCAAAUUUAUGCAAAUCAGCUCGAGCUGAUGCUCCUGCGGCCAGUUUUGAACGGUUUUUGGAAUUCCAUAACGAUAUUGUACAAGCAGUUAGUGAUAUGAUGUCCAUUCAAGCAGCUACUUCAGCUUCAGAAGUGGCUCAAAAAUCAGAUAAACAAGCUAAAGAAGAGUCACAGGUUUCACAUGUAGUUACGCACAAUUCCAUGGACCAAUUGGGUAAUUCUGAACCAAACUCGUCAAAAAGAAGGUAUGCUAUUACGAACCAAAAGGAGAUUUCGGAGAAGAAAGGUUCCACUCCGCUUGCAAAAAUGCCACUGGAAACUGUUGUUGAAAAUGACGAGAAUAAGAAACCAGUAUCAGGCAGUUUGAGCAAUACAAUCAAACUGGGAAAGCAGAUUGAAACAGAAGCUGGAAAUUGGUUUAUGGAAUUCAUAGAGAAGGCCUUCGAGACAGGUUUGAAGAAAACAAAGGAGGAAGCUUCGGUUGGGGAUAUUCGGAAAGUUCCUCAAUCUCUCAUACUAAAAGUUAUAAACUGGGUUGAGGUAGAACAGUGCCACAGCAACAAACGGCCUAGUCAUCCUAAAGCAGCACAGAUAGCACGAAAGUUAAGGAUAAAGAUGAAAAAUCCUUAA